AUGAGACUACAUGUUAAGGACAAUAGCCUUAACCAUGAAAGAACUGAAAUAGCAAACGUUGAGGAACAAAGCACUGUAGAACAGGAGACAUCUAUAAACGCACUUACAAUUACCAAGUCAGUUGGUAUGAUCCAUAACGAAGAAAUGAUCAACAAACAUUUAAAGGAUAAUUUGAGCGACUUCAUCUUCAAUGAUAAUUAUUUCGAAGAUAGUUGGGGUCUUCAUUCAGACUUAUUAUUUGCAACGUACACGCAUCAAAUCAGUAAUACAUUUAUAUCCCCUGUAGAUAUGGAAAAGACAUAUUCAUCAGAGGAAUCCAAUAUGCUGGAUCAAACUGAUUACAAUAUGAAUGGUAUGUUUGUUUAUCGUCUCUAUUUGGUUGAUUUAAAUUUCUAA